AUGGCGCAAGCAUCUACUCCUGACUUCUUCGUUCGCUGGUUAUGGAAUUCAAGCGAUGAUCCGUUCUCUCCCAAUCAUUUUGAAGAAGCAUGGCGCCGCUAUUCUGAUGUUGAAACAGUCCUUAUCGAGGAAGCAUAUCAAAUGAAACGUGUGGAAGCGAUGCUGGAUAAAUAUCAUAUUGAUUUCGAACAUUCUGUCCAAAUAUCGAAUAACAAUUUGAAAAAGCAGCGACCUGUCAAACGCAUAACCGAUGGACAUGUCGAAUCCUCACCAAGAGUAGAACGGUUCACAUCUAAGUCCAUUGUUCCAGCCGCGCCGUUUGUCAUCUCCACUUACGGUAUGGGUGGUACCUUUUUUCUCGAAGUUAUGGACUACUGCGCAAUCCCACACAAUUCAUUUCCAUUUGAUAACAGUAGUGUUCGUCGAAAGAUUGUUGAGAAAGCAGCUGAAGGUCUCGUCAUUGAAGGAAAGAAGGCUGGUCAACAGAAGGUUGCUGAAUGGUUCGCUAGACAACUACUAAAAUAG